GGAUAAUUUUCCAAAAAUCCCAACAAUCAAACAUACAAGAAGCUUCCCUCAUUCCACCUUCUAUUUUAGGGCUCAAAAUCCCCUCAUCUCAUCUGCUGCAAUCAAUCAUGGCGACUCCUGAUGUUUUCUCGUCCUCACAUCUAUUUGAUCUUACCAAAGGUGAUACUAAAUCCAGAGGACUUGCCCUCGAGAAGAAAAUUGAAUAUCUUGAGAGCUUGAACGACAGAGUUAGCAACAGGCGGGCACGUAGAUGGAUUAAUGAUCGUAUACUGUUGGAGCUUGUACCUCGUUUGACUGGAGAUGAAAUUAGAGGCCUAUUUGCUCCACCACCUUGGGGUGAUGAGGCACGACCGUCACCAUUUAGCAUGACAAAUGUCGGGGAGUGGGACAAAUUUAGGAACAUAGACAUGGAUAAAGAGGCUGGUGUGAUCGAGGCCCUUAAAGGUUCCUCAUCCAGGAAGAAAAGUCACGUGGAUGCUGAUAAGAUAGCUGCGUUAACCGCUUGGCACAGGGUUGACUGCAAAACUAGAGACGCGUUUCGUAGAAGCUUCCUUCCGGAACUUGUUGAUGGUUACGAGGAGAACGUACGGGCCUUUGUUUCAGAGGCAGGUGGCGAGGAGGUUCUUAUACUACGUGUCCAAGACCCGUUCCAUAGGUUGUUACUUCAUGGUGUUUGUGAGUUCUACAAUUUGGUCUCAACAACCGAAUCAGAAACCAAAGGUACAAAGGUGUUGAAGAUGACCAAGAUCAAGAAGAAAAAAGCGGGUGAUGACGAGCUCCCGACCAUCACUCUUUGCCAGUUUCUCAAAAUGGCAAAAGAUGGGUUUUGGUAGGCGUUUUUAGCCCUAACCAGUUCCCACCCAUGUAAAUAGAUAGCUAAAGUUUACCAGAAUGUAGACUUAUUUAGUUAUUUAUGCUCUACCCGCCCACAAAUGGGAGAGCUAAAGAUGCUUUCUCUUGAAUUCCUGUAAAGUGAGUAUUUCAUAUGUUUGCUGAAUAAUGAUACCCUGUUUCUUACUUGAACUUGUAUCAAGUUGUGGGUUGUAAUUUAUAAGAAAUAAAGUGUUUUUCUUAAAUAAUUA